UCCUCGACGUGAGCUCAGCAGUAACGCGCCGCGCGCCAAGCCAAAAGGACUUAGCUCGACGCGCGCGACGGCAGGAGGCGGCGCUCCCAGCUCGUCUGUCGGUCGAGGCGCGUUCCUCCGGUGCUCUUUGCGCGCUCCCCUCGGCGGCGCGGCUGCUCACGCUCGGGCUAGUCGCGGCCGCAAGUACUCGCCGCGAUCAACAGGUUAUAGACGAUCACGCUGCGCAGCGACGGCGAGCCAGUUAUAUUAUAUUGUGCGCGUCGCGGCACGUGACGCGAGCGCGAGCCGCGCCGUUGCACUCCUAUUGCUGCGCUGCGUCCCCCAUCGAUCCCUGUGCACGCUGCGAAUCCACGGCCAGCCGCCGGAAAACUUUGCCUCCACGUUGCUACGCUGUUCCUCGUGUCGCAGCCUCUUCCCAUUCCCUCUGUUUGCUUAGACUUCCAAACGAGAUUGCCCGGUCAAUCCCGCGAGCCCGCAUCGAUCUGGAAAAAUCUUACUCGAAGAGAGAGAGAGAGAGAGAGGAGGGGGUGAAGGAUUAGAUUUGCCGCGAGAGAUUUGCUACGAGUAGGGCUCGCAAGUGGCCCUCGCAGAACAAUGCCACCGCUGCGCGCGAACGAAGGUACUUAGCAUAGAACGGACGCGGAAUCCCAGGAACAAUCGGCGCUCGUUAGUAAGUCUACGCGCGACUACGCGCGAGGUGAUUCGCGCGAUGCCGAACGUAACUGUGCGAGGCCUGGCACAGCUGGCGCGUUCGAAUCCCUUAAUUCUCUCCCUCGGCUGGCAGCCUUCCCAUGUGUACGUGCGAUGACUUGUGCUCAGCACUUUCUGCCGCGGCCAGAGUUGCUGAUAACGCUGCCGUCACUAUUUUAGCUGGCCUGCCGCAUACGUGCACUCUAACUGUAUACUAGAAGAUAGCACCGAGAGGCGCGGGCACGAAUAAAGGCUGCCGGCACCGAAGGGGAGACGAGCUGCUAUAAUGUCAAUAGCCAAUUUGCGACCGAGGGAAAAGAGGAUCUGCCGAGCUUUCGCGCGAAUCUUUGUACAAAUUGACUCGCCAUGACAGGUAGUCGAUCAGCAGACGGAAUAGGAGAGGGAACCCACAGCGAAAGGCUAAUCGUCCGCGGAAGAUAGACGGACAGUCUGACGAGCGACGCGACAAUGUCUGGGAGUAUCGGCAGUAACAACAGCAGUCCAGCGCCCGCGAGUUUCAAGUCGCCGAAGAGUCCCCGACAACUGCCGCAAGUGCCGGCGCUGUCGGGUCAGCGCAGUCCCAAUCAGCUGUCGGCGACUGGCAGCAGGUCGCCCAGCACGCCGCGCGUCUUCGAAUUCCCGGCCGAGUUCCGCGACGUCGAGACGCCCAACACCAGCUUCGACUUCGAGGACUUUGUCAGGGCGGCCGACUGCAAAAGCCCGCAGGUACCAAAGAGCCCGAGCUCGUUGGCCGGCAGCUCGUCCGCGGCUGGGCCGAAGAGCCCGAGCUGCGGCUCGACGCCGCCGGUCUUCCAGUUCUGCAACCCGCGGCGCAACAUCAGCAAGACCCUGAGCUAUCCGCCCAAGUCGCCGAUCUCGCCGAGUCCGAGCUGCAGCCCGGGCCUCGGCAAUCGCGCCGCCUCCAGCUCGCACGUCUUCCUGGCCAAGAGCCCGCGCGAGAGGCGCCGCAACUCCAGCAGCCUCAAUUCCCAGCCGAGUGUCCACGGCGCGGCUGAGCCCAAGAGCCAGGUGAGCGCCGCCACCGGCGACCUCAGCAACAGCCAGAGCUGCGCCAGCGAUGCCGCCGGUAGCGAGGAGGCCGAGGCGGCCGACGCAGCCGAGGCUCCAGACCGGACCGUGUCAAGGAAGUCCACCAGCGACCUCACCGAGCUCAACGACGCCGACACCGAGGUCACCAUGCUCUCCAGCCCCAGGAGGCGCGGAUCCAUGAAAGGUGGCUUAGCUUACCUUGCAUCCCGACGUGGUUCACGGGAUAGCCAAGCCUCAAAUAUAAGUAAUGAAGAAAUCGGCCCGUUGAACUUUAGUGCCCAUCCACGGGGUCGACAAAGAAGGACGUCGAAUUUUCUAGAACUGCCAGUGCCUGAUCAUAUAAGACCGCGAGUACACAGUUUGCCGGAAAAAGCAUACAACCCUCGUGCUGGAGAUGACUUGUACAGACUUCGAGCUUUCAAUAUAACUCAAAAGGGAGUCGUGAAUCGCGGAGACUCCAUUAUUUCAAGACGGAGCCGGAGUAAUACUUCAGUUAACAGUAGUAGGAACAGUAAUGUAUCGGGCGAACGUUCACCCUUUGAAGGUAGCUGCUGCAGUGGACAGGGCGUUGCCGCUGAUAGCACCGAGAGUGAAGCUGAGGAAGCCACAAAAUACAGAGUAGUCUUAUUAGGCGAUUCGGGAGUCGGUAAAACAGCUCUCGUGUCACAGUUCAUGACUAGUGAAUACAUGAAUACGUACGAUGCUAGUCUAGAUGACGAAUUUGGUGAAAAAACUGUAUCAAUAUUGCUGGACGGCGAAGAAUCGGAAAUGAUCUUUAUUGAUCACCCGCAUAUUGAAAUGAGUUUGGAAAAUUCUCUCUCAACGUACGAGCCUCAUGCUUGCGUGGUUGUUUACUCGAUAGUAUCACGUUCCAGCUUCCAAGUUGCUGAAGAGAUGUUGAAUUACCUUUGGCGAGAGCAUUAUACACAAGAGCGUUCAGUAAUCGUCGUUGGCAAUAAGGCUGAUCUUGCAAGAAGCCGCCAGAUUAACGCAAGUGAGGGUAAACAACUAGCUACGUCUCGAGAGUGCAAGUUUAUCGAAACUUCCAGUGGCAUUCAGCAUAACGUUGAUGAACUUCUCGUUGGUAUACUAAAGCAAAUUAGGCUGCGUGAAUCACGGGAUCGUAAACUUCGCCGCCAAGGCAGCAAAGGCAAGAUUAUGUCGAAGCUGCACGGAAGCAAAACGGCUCUAAGCCUCAAUCUAGCGCGCGAAAUACUCAAUAAGAUGUGUUUAAAUGAUAGUAAAAGCAAAAGCUGCGAAAACUUACACGUUUUGUAAUUCACUUAUUUAGUCAUUGACACAUCAACAAGUUCAGUUAUGUAUAUCUAUAUUGAUAUCAACUUUCGUACUAUAAACAAAUUUCUUCUCAAAUAGAUUAUAACGAUUUGUACUUUACACUAAGUGCACAUGUACCUUUGACAUAACACUGAAAUUGCCGAUGUAAAUAACUAUAGGCAUUGUCCUAGUAAAACUAACUAUUGUUUUGCAUAUUAUCAACACAGCAUGCGUGGCUCUUACUGGAUGUACUAUAUCAAUAAUACACACAAAUUCUUAAAUCCAAAGUUGUUUGAAUUGUGAACAAUAAACCAUUGAACAAGAUGAACUCUGUAAAAUUACGUGAUUACCCAUAAGUUCGAUGAUGUAUUAGUUUUUAACUGUACGCAAAUAAUAAGACGAGAUAUUACUAUGUGUAUAAUAUAAAAAUAUAUAUGACUUAAUCUACAGAACAAUCGAUAGACUCUGAAAUUUUUCUAUACGGUCCCAACUUUAUUGAAAAAAGUCAAUAUAACUACGUCUCCUGACAUUUUCAUACAAAAAAAUUACACAAUCAUUGUCAAUAAGCGCUGUAUAAUACAGGUUUAAAAUAUUGAUGUAAUAUAAAAUCCAAAAUGUAUACCAUUUAUCGUACUGUAAUAAUUAAUAUACCACUGUAACUAACAAAAGACCACCAAACCUGCGAGAAAUCGAUUUUGACAAUACUUUAAGAAAAUAUUCCUAGAAAAAAAUGUAAUCCACGAGAUUUUCAGUUUUAUUUUAUAGAUCUUUUUACAACUUACGGAGCUUUUUAUUUAACAUAUUGAACAACCUUUUUAACUUUACAUAAUUUUUUAAGAAAUAGAACGCUAAGAUCAAAUUCUUCCGAUUGAAGAAAAAUAUUCGAUGAAAUUAAAAUUAGAUGAAACUAAACUAAAAUUGUCCUAGCUUGGCAACUUAACUUGGUAAUUUAAAUGGUUCAACUUUUUUCAAUAACUUUUUUUUGAACUAUUCAAAUAUUUUGGUAUCAAAAAAUUUGUUAAUAAAAUCCUUAGAAAAUUUUCAUAAUCGGUACGUUUAUUCAAUGAAACUGUGUUUUAGUAACUUUUAAACGGUUCAAAUACUUUUAAUAACUUUUAUCAAGCUGUUAGAGACUAAUUUAAAAAUUAUGGAUUUCGCUCAACGCAAGGAAUAACUUUUGUUACGAACUUAAUUACUACGCAUAGGACUAUUCGAUCAUUUCUCUCGUUCUAUAACUUUUUCCUUCGUACCUACAAAUCUUUCUUCACGAACUCACUUGCUUGCAUCUCGCUCGUUGAGUUAAACACACGUUCGAAAUACAUCUAACUAAUCUAACUAAUUUAUUGAUUCUUUUUGUAAAGUUAAAGAAGGUAUUGAUUUUCAAUAUAUUUAAUAUACAACCCAUAAGUUCUAAAAAGAAUUUAUGAAGUAAAACAGAAAGACACGUGUUUGUUAUUUUUUAACAAGAAUAUUUUCCCAAAGUAUUGUCAUAAUCGUUUUUUUACAAAUCUGGUAGUUUCCUUGUAAGCUAUAAAAAUAACAUAAGGCUCAGCGUUUUAAUUACUCAAAAGUCUAUAUCUUAUUCUUACCAAAUGUAAUGUAUGAUUGUGUAUUGCAUUAAAACAAAAAUAGGUUUUGGCAUUUGUGAUGAAAAUAUUACAAUAUAUACAACGUAAAUCGUCAAAAAAUCGCCAAAUAAGUGAAUGUUCUAUUUAUUUUCAAAAUACAUCUUCUGCAUCGUUGAAUAUUUAUCAAUAUCAGUUUAUAUUGAAAGAUUUCAAUUGCUAAAAUACUACAUACUCAAUCUGAAACUUUUAUUUUUAUAGAGCAAUGGUAUUAGGCAUGAUCUAUCCACAGGAUGGUCAUUAGUCUGCAAUGCAGUGAUUUGACUAAUUGUUAGUUGCAUAAUAUUUAUUAUUGCUGUAGAAAAUCUAUUGAGUGCAAACACUCAGAGAGUAACAAAAUCAAAACAAUGUUACUAUUGAUGUCAUUUUUACAGAUAAUUUUAUUCAUUCAAAACAUGUAAUAUGAAAAAUACAAGAUGUUAUUAACUCGAAAUCAUAUACAUAUAACUGUAUAAAAAUCAGAACGCUGGUUUCGUUCACCCUGGCGCUGGUCGUCUCUCUUGUUAUAGACAUACUAAUAAUUAUAUGUAGCAUGUAAAAAUUAUGAUCGAUGAAUAAAUUCGCUCAGGAAAUAAAGAAUAAUUGCAUACUACACUUAUUAAAUCUUAAUAAAAUAAUCUGUCAUGCCAUUAACUGAUUAUCACACUGCACAGUAUAAUAAAAGAACACUUUUAAUGUAUAAAGACUAAUUUCCACAGCAGCUAUAUUCAUCUAAAUGUACUUCUAUCAUUGUAUUGUUACUGAUAUUGUUAGUUCAAGUACUAAAUUAAUUUUAAACUGCAGAGGUAUACAAAUUGGCGUGCGGACAAUUGUGCACAGUAACAAGUAUUUUGCACAGUAAGAAUUGGUACACGCUGAUUCACGACAUGUUAUUGUGCAUAACAGUUUAUGUGCACAAUA